CUUAUCGAAAUUGUUGCUAAUCAAAGAAUAAUAAGUAAGGGGUACCUUUAUAAAUUAUUAGCAUAUUGCCAAAAGUUUAUUGCAAAUAAAAGCUUCAAUUGAAAACUAUGCUACUUUUUAACUGGGUUUAGUUUUAAUUAUUUUUUAACACAAUUUUAAAACUAAAAGAAGAAUUUCAUAUUGCAAAUUUUUGAAUUAUAAUUUAUUACAUUAGACCAGAAAAAUAAAAGUAUUUGUUUGGAGUUUUAGGGUUCUGUAUCUCCCCAGAACUGAUAGAAUAAGGUCCAAUAAAAUAUGUCAGCAUUCAAGUUUUAUUUGUUCCAUAAACAAUUAAUCCUUUAUUAAUUUUUAUUUAAUAUUUUUUAGUGUAUAAAUUACACGUUUGGGACGUACCGUAUGUCGAGAAAGGUUUUUUCUUCUGGGUUUUUAUAAAUGACGAAAGAAUACUAACUAAUUGAUACAACAGUAACAAACAAUAAUAACGGGAGUCAAGCAUAAUAUUAUUUAUACGUUGUACACAUGGCAAACAAUUUAUUUACAUUCAUUCAUUUCUAAAAUAUAUUUAUACGUUAUUGUUGUUGUUACAUUUGUUGCGAAUAUGUGUCUGUAUUAUCACUAAAAGCCACUGAUAAAAGUUCACGAAGUUCUCUGUGAAUAUUUAAUCGGUCAUUGCAUGCGUUAGUUUUUAAUCAAUGAAAUAGGAUUUGUUAAUGAAAACAGAUUUUAAUUAAAACAAAAAAAAAUGGUCAAACAACGUACUCAUUCGUUGUUAAAAAUUGUGACAGUGUUAUUAUUGUGUGUGACAAUCAGUUUUGGUGGUGUUAGUUUACAGGGUAGAAAAGAAAUUAUCGUUUUUCCUGAAAAUGACGCUAAUCACAAUAAGAACAAUGAAAAUAACAGAGUUCCCCUAUUUGCACCCUAUUACUGUCCAGAAAAUGAACUUCUUUAUCCUGGAAAUCAAAAAGCGGAUUGGAUUUGUGAUUGCUCACCUGGAUACGUAUACCUUCCCGAUGCAAAGGGCUGUUUCCCUAUUUAUAGGAGAGGUCCUUGUAAAAUUGGCGAAUACUUAAUUUUAAGAAAUGCAGAGAUGUUGCCAGUUUGUGCCACAAAUCCUUNUUUUGUCCCGGAAAUUCAAGUCGAAAGACAUUCAUUCACUUAUUCUGUUUUACGUAAACAUCAUGGUUUAUACUGGUUCAAGUUUAAAAUUUACUUUGGAGGACAUGGAGCUUUUUGUUUUUUUGCUAAAGUCGCAAAAUAA